GAAAGCUGUAAGCCAAUAACAUCCUCCUGGGCAAAACCAGCAGGUAUGCUCAGCAGCUGAGAGAAAACCUGGUAAUGCUUCAAAUGUUGCAUUCAGAAGGCUGGAAUCUUACCAACCAGAUCCUGAAGAACUAAUAAACAGAUGACCACCUGUCAGACUACAGAGGGGUUUUUAUUGCAUCCAGGCUGGAAUUAGCCCAAAGAUACUACUCAGAGUGGACAAUGAACAGCACUGCUGAGUGCCAUGAUGAUCACACCCUGGAUAAGUAUUUAUUUCCACUUGUGUACAGCGUUGUGAUGAUCAUCAGUAUUCCUAUCAACUGCAUAAGCCUCUAUGCAUCUUGCAUUCAGGUGAGGAAGAAGAAUGAGUUAGCAGUCUACAUCUUCAGCCUAUCCGUGGCUGACCUUUUGUACUCUCUAAUUCUGCCUAUGUGGAUUGAUUAUGCCUGGAAUGGAGAUAACUGGAGACUCUCUGCCUUGCUUUGUCAGAUUUCUGCCUUCCUUAUGUAUAUGAAUUUCUACACUGGUACUGCGUUCCUUGCUUGCAUCUCUGUUGACAGGUAUCUGGCAUUAGUUCACCCCCUGAAGCUCCAGCACUUGCGCACAAGAAGAUUUUCAUUGAUUGUCAGCAUAAUUGUUUGGCUUCUGGAAAGCACCUUCAAUUCAGUCAUAUUGGUAUACAAAGAAGUGUUCCAUGACCCUUGCAAUUUCACUAAUCAUACAUUAUGCUAUGACAAAUACCCCCUGGAAUGGUGGCAGGCACAGAUAAAUUUAUUCCGGAUAUGCUCAGGGUACCUGCUCCCUUUGGUAGUCAUUGUGUUUUGCUACCAUAAAAUCUACCAAGUAGUAAGGUGUAAUCAAGCCACAAUAGAUGAAGAAAAGAAAAAAGUAAGGAAACUUAUUCUAAAUAUCACAGUUACUUUUGUUGUUUGCUUUACUCCUUAUCAUGUUAUGUUGUUUAUUCGCAGCAUCAAAGAACCUUACACCAGUGACCCACAGCUUUUGCAGUUGAUGUAUAAGGUUUACAGAGUCACACAGGCCUUAACAAGUUUGAAUUGCAUUGCUGAUCCCAUUCUUUACUGCUUUGUGAGUGAAACUGCACGAACAGACAUACUGAACUUGCUCAGGUGUUGCUUGUGCCUACAAAAGCGUGAGGGAGAGCAAGUGAAAGAUCAUGCCCUGUGCAGUUCUGCUAUAAAGAGCAGUGAACUGAUCAUCUCCAGAACUUUCUGUGAAACGGAGUCUGUCAAAAAUUCCUGAACAAGAAAAUUUGCAUGAUGUAAAUAGCAAAGAAAGAAAAAUUCUCCCCCAGUUUCUACCUAGGAAAUACUCCAAAAAUCACUGACACUAAUCUAAGUGAAACCAAUAGCUGGAGCUGAUAAGAACUUGUUAUAGUGGCAAUGAAAUAAAUGCAGCAUCAACACUUAUCUUUAAAUCAGACCCGGCACAUAAAUCCAUGUUGACAAACAAAUGCACAGUCAAGAUGACCAUGACACACUGAUAAAAUUACUGAGGAUCUCUCACAAAAAUACUUCCUGUCACAGCUUGCUAGCUAGCCCACAUGCUGGGCAUACACAUACUGAGCUGGAGGAAGCUGAAGUCCUCUUAACCUAGUAAUUUGGUUUCAAGUUUUAGUUGAAAUCUAAGCUUAGCUGGGAAGGAGUCCCAAAAGGGAUUUUAUUUAUUUAUUUUUUUUAAUCAGCACUGUGAUAGAAGUGAAUAAAGCACACACACAUGAAAAUCAUUCUAAUGAUUGAUCAAAGAGCAUACAGAGGUAGGAUGGUAAAUGUUCUCUCUAAUGUCAUGCUGUGAUUUAUGCUGCUAUGGUGGUUCCUGUGUUUCAGUAAUGACUUGAGUUCUCCUUCAGCAUACCCCUGAGAUUAGCCAUUUCUUAAAAUUGUUUACCUCAUGCGGACAGGUAGUUACCUGCUCUUAAGCUUUUCAGCUUUUGUUUUCUUUGGAAAAUAUAUGUUCUAAUGUAUAACCAUAUGUCAUGUAGUUUCAUUACAAUAUCAAUACCAAGUUUCAGACAGUUGAGUAUUCAUUACUUCAAGUUCCUAUAUAGAACCAAAUUUUAGACACCAGUCUUUUAACUCAGAUUAAAUUUUUGCCAAUAUAUUCAGGAAGGAAAGAGAAAGA